AUGCCUGGUCCUAGAGCUCCCAAGGCCUCUACCCAGAACCAGCCUACUCCGUUCCCGGCCUCGUCCGAAAAUGGGGGGUCUCCGAAAGACGGUCUUCCCAACUUGGCCGGAAAACGGUCCAGAUCAAGCUCGUCGGCCACGCCAUCUUCAAUCAUAUCUGGAAGAAGAAGCACACAGUCUAUCCACACAACGCAAACCACGGCCACCCCGGCGCAUUUGUUCCCGCCCGUGCAUAACAAUCCAACGAUUCUUGCCCCUCAUUGCGGCCUAGAUACGGUGGCGCUUAUCUUCAUCUUCUCCACCCUUCCUACAUGGCUCAGUUGCAUCGUACUCGUAUCCUAUAUCUUGCUGGGCUCUUUUAAAUCGUUGGCUAGCAAAGCUGUUGCAAAAUUUCUCUUCGAUUUCGACAAGAGCGUGGAGUAUAGCUUGGAGGCCAGUGUUACUAGAAAGAACAAGUACUAUAAGUCUGAACUCAUAGGCCAGUCUCUACAGCUGUUCUCUAUAAAUUCGUUCAUUCUUUUGGUCAUUCACUACACAUUUCCUCAGGUUUGUCGCUACUACUUGACAGUCCUGGCAAAAGCCAUUGUCGCUAGUCGACUUGUUGGUACCUACACAACGGGAUCCACCACAUAUGUCUCCGUAGUGUCUACCUCGCCAACUGCCAAUAAUACCACGACCACAACGACCACAACUACAACAACUACCUCCAACGCUCUGGCGCCAUCGAGCUCGACGCUGAAAUCAGAACACAGGUAUUCCACUAACUCGUUUCUCAAUUCGCUUGUGAGCUGCGUAAGUGUAAUCACCAUUGAUUUCUGCGUCAAUAGACUACUUCUCUCGUGGAAUCUUGGACUAGUAAAGAAAAAUUUCAACGUCUUCAUACUGGAUAUAUCACGCGGCGAUUUAACGAUUCUCAACUCACCCAUUACUACAAUCAUCCGGAACUUCUUCUCAAUAACUCCUGGCGCAGAACUCAGCGCAUCAUUUGACUCCGGUCACUCAAUGUACAGCUCCAAUAUUCUCAAACUGAAUAUUCAACCUUACACGAGUCGGUUCCUUCUUCUUAUAGCGAGCCAUUUGUUGAGGCUCAGUGACAAAAAUAUCAGAUCUUUGACGCAAUUCCUCAAGGAGUUUAGUAUGGUUAUUGACUAUGCAUACUUGGUUCUUUGCAUACACGUCAUUAGUUUGACAAUCGCGCCAUUCCUAAGGAAGAUUUUCAUACUCAAGGAUUAUCUGCGUACACUUGAUCAAUUGUCUGCUCUCACUCCUGAUGUUCCAUAUGGUGGCCUUAAAAAAAGCGGUUUGGUUUCGGGUGUCACAAGAGACACUACAUCCAACGCCGUUGUGGUAAUAAAUGUUGAAUUGAAUCAACAAAACUCUCAAUCAACACCUAAUGACUUGAAAGAAAUCAAAAUUCAGCCAUCUGAAUAUCGGAAUUUCGAUUACAUGCACGAGGAUGAUGCCGUCAACACUGUGUCUGCAGAAAAUUUCAAGACAUUUUGCUUGGUUCCACCUACAAACAAGACCUCAUCUGUUGGCACAAGGACGAAUCACAGUAAAACAAUAGUUGACAGGAAAAAGACUUCUUCUAAUUCAAUUCCAUCGACCACAAUCAUGGAUAAAUAUUUCACAAUCUCAAUUCAGCCAUUGUGGUCAUGGCUUGCAGCGCUCAAGAUUGUCUCUUUGACACCUUCUUUGUUUGCAAGCUCCCAAUCCAGCCAGUCCAGCAAUGCUAUAACAAAUAAUGAACUUGGGUCAAGAUUGAAGUGUUGCUUAACUUUGGUUGAGCAAUCACGUGUUGUUUUUGAGAUCUUUGAUAAGCCGGUCUGCGCCUUAGCUGACAUGAGAGUUCAAGUCAACGGUUUGAGCUGGGAUUUCGUGGAUGUUUAUGAGGUCGAGAAAAGUGUUUAUGCAAGUAUCUUUUGCUUGUCGUCUCUAAAUCACUACGAAAUUGAUUUUGUCUUGAAGGGUCAUCGUGCUUGUCGUCAUUUAGUGAGCACUCCUGGAAUCGCUGGACAGAGUGAGCAAAGCUUCAUUACAGAGUCUGUUGCUACAUCAGAAAUUGACACACUCCGGGCCAGCUUGUUGAGCACAAUCAUCAACCUCAAUGAUGUGAAGCUGGCAAUCAAGAAGGCGAAAAAGGAUGACAACAAGCGAAUGGCUGAUUUGCGCAAACAGCUCGAUAUUUUAAAGUCCAAGUUCGACAAGUAUAAGAGCGCAGACUCCGGCGACGCGCGGUUUUUCAGUAAACUCAAGGGCUUGCAGAACUCAGUUUCCCAAUUGGAGACUGAGAUAAGAGACCUUGACGAAGAACUCAAAAGGUUGGAAAAUCCCGGAUCGCAAAUUGAAGAAGAGAUCUCAUCGCAAGAAAAAGAUUUGUUGAGCAAGAUUGCAGAGUUGGAGAAAUACAUUUCUAGUUACGAGGCAGGAACAAGCAAAUUGAAGCAGAACGCAAAAUUGGUCGAAGGUGACAAGAAUGCUACCAAGCAGAAACUCAAGAAAUUGGAACUGAAAUUACAGGGUAGGAAAGAGGAGAUCAACAAGCUUCAUGGAGACAUCAAGAACCUCAAGAGAUCCCUUGUGCUGAAAAUCCAAAAGAAACAGAAAAACGUCCGUGAACACUACGAACAGAUUAUCCCGCAAAUACUUGAAGCGGCGAACGAAUUGAACGAUCAGAAGUUGGAGCUUCAAUAG